AUGGCGACAGGCGGCAUCGGGCUAGGCGGCCAGAUUUUUGUAAUUGUGUUGAACAGCGAUGCGGUCAUGAAGACAUUUGUCCAAUCUAGAUAUCUCACUCUCGGUCGUAACGUCUCCGUCGCUUUGGGACCUUGGGGUCGUAGCAGCGAGAUCGCUGGCGCUGUCGGCUCUCAGAGCAUGGUGGGUAUGUUUGCGUACUCGAAGACUGGCGGUAAAUUCGGUGGGAGGUCAUUCAAGGGCGGAAUCAUUGGCCAGCGACUCGAGACCAAUAAAAAGAUGUAUGGCGCGGAGCUCACAGCAAAGCAAUUGCUCAGUGGGAAGAUUUCUUCACCACCGGAGGCUGAGCCUCUCAUGCGGCUUCUCAAUUCAGAGCAAUUCUAUGCACAGCCAGGGGUAUCGUCGAUGGAUGCUCUUCCUACCCCCUAUCAGCAGUUGGCUGAGCUGCCUGCUGCUUUACCCAAUGAGCCCAAUGGAUCUCCAAAUGGAAAUCAUGAGCUCGACACAGAAUUGCCUCUAAAGGUUGCUGAACUGGGCUCCGGGCCACAAAAUACAGUCUAUAAAAUGCUUGCUGGUCAGAAUGGCCGCGCAAUUUAUGAGCUAGAUGCAUCGCAGCCGCUUACACAAGAGCAAUUAUCUGCGAAGUCUCCCAUUGCAGCAUGA